AUGACGUGUCCUGUUGAGCAGGGGCGCAUAUUCGAAGCAGCCCUGAAAUUCUACCCUGCUGACGGUGCAAACAUUUCCCAGCUGGAGCGCGACAUCGGCUCAGAUCAGUUUCCACCGAACGAGCACUACUUCGGUCUGGUCAAUUUCGGAAACACCUGCUACAGCAACUCAGUGCUUCAGGCGCUAUACUUUUGCCGGCCAUUCAGGGAAAAGGUACUAGAAUAUAAGGCGAAAAAUAGACGUACCAAGGAAACGCUACUGUCCUGCUUGGCCGACCUAUUCUACAGCAUCGCAACGCAGAAAAAGAAGGUGGGAUCGAUAGCACCAAAAAAGUUUAUCGCCCGGCUGCGCAAGGAGAAGGAAGAGUUCGAUAACUACAUGCAGCAGGAUGCCCACGAGUUCCUUAACUUUCUCAUUAAUCACAUCAACGAAAUCAUACUUGCUGAACGUAACCAGGCAAAGGCAGGCGGUGGCACUGGUGGCAAAGGCAGUGGACCUGCCAACGGAAUGGCCAAUGGAAACGGUGCCACGAACGGUCCACCGGACGGUAUCGGUAGCAAUGGUAGCAACAGCACCGAACCGACAUGGGUACACGAAAUCUUUCAGGGAAUACUAACGAGUGAGACACGCUGCCUAAACUGCGAGACGGUUAGCAGCAAGGAUGAGAACUUUUUCGAUCUGCAGGUGGACGUGGACCAGAACACCAGCAUAACGCACUGCUUGCGUUGCUUCAGCAACACCGAAACGCUCUGUAGUGAUAACAAAUUCAAAUGUGAUAACUGUUGCAGCUAUCAGGAAGCGCAGAAACGAAUGCGUGUUAAAAAGCUCCCUAUGAUACUGGCGCUGCACCUAAAACGGUUCAAGUACAUGGAGCAAUACAACCGGCACAUCAAGGUAUCCCAUCGUGUCGUGUUCCCGCUCGAGCUGAGGCUGUUCAAUACGUCCGACGACGCUGUCAAUCCGGACCGAUUGUACGAUCUCAUGGCGGUAGUCAUACACUGCGGUUCUGGUCCGAACCGUGGUCAUUACAUCAGCAUUGUAAAGAGCCACGGUUUCUGGUUGUUGUUUGACGAUGAUAUGGUUGAUAAAAUUGAAGCUUCCACCAUAGAGGACUUUUACGGGUUAACAUCGGACAUUCAAAAGUCUUCGGAAACUGGUUAUAUUCUGUUUUACCAAUCGCGGGACUGUGCGUAG